AUGCAACAAGCUUUGCUCUCGCAGCUCUUGCGCGAUCAUGCUGUGGGCAUGGACAUUUGCCUCGUGGGGGAGCGAGGCGUGGGCAAAACCGUACUGUGCCGUGCUUUUGCUGAAGCCCUGGGCUACCGUACGUACAGCGUUUUUUGCUUCAAGGACAUGACUGCACGGGAUUUGACUCUGCGUCGCAGCACCGACGACCGGGGCAAUACGAUAUGGCAGCCCUCACCACUCACACAGGCUGCCAUGGAAGGAGGCUUGGCUGUUUUGGAUGGCAUCCACCGCCUCAGCCCGGGUGCCCUGGCUGGUUCUGUCGGCCGUCUCCUCUGCGACCGUGAGGCCGUAUUACCAGACGGGACAAGGAUCGUCCAGCAGGCGCAGUGGGAUCAGUGGUUGGAUCAGGGCUGGUCAGCGGCUACUCUCCUCGAUGAAGGCUUUCGACCCGUACAUCGAGCCUUCCGAGUGAUAGCUACC